AUGAAACCCACCACUGUUAUAGUAGCAGCGUUGCACUUAUCAACAGCCUCUGCAGUAGCAAUCCACAUCUCCAUCAGUGAUGAGAUCAACCAAGCCUUCACACGUGUGAAAAACACCGUGAAUCCAGGAGCUUUGACAUUCAAGGCAGGAGACGAUGGUACUGAAGAGCCCUACGGACUCACAAUUAAGAAAUCCACAGAGGCCGACAUCCAAGCUCAUGUAACCCAAGACUUCCUCUCCAAAUUACCCUCAAAUAUUACCUUCACCGAUUCGAUCUUCGAUUUCAUGAGCCAGAAGAACAAGCAGAGUCCCAAAGGCAAAUACAACGAAGUCGACGUCAAGAUCCCCGCUGUGGUCUCCUGCACGCCCCGAGUGUCUGAAUUCGGCACGUUUUCGGAGGAUCGGUAUGGGUCUCCCAAGAUCUUACAUUGCUAUAGUGGCAUGGAUAGUGACGGAAAGUGUCGUAAGAAAAUAAAUAUUCCUGUUAAAGACACAUAUAGCCCGCAGGAGUAUGUCGCUAUAGCUAGCGUUGCUGAGAGGGACAGCGGCGUGUUGAUCACCGCUAAGACUACGUAUGACUGGAUACCAUCCUACUUCAACCCCGCGAACCCCAGUGCCACAGAAUGGGAAUUCACCUGGAAACCCGAUGCCUCUCAAUCGGACGGGUUCCCGUAUGAGCUCGAAUCAGAAUCAUCAUGCAUGCUUGGAAUGGUACAUGUCGAGCUGGAUUGCAUCGUCGAAACCCGCCGCUACUGGUGGGACACAACCUGGAGUUCGUCGCACGGGUGGCUUAAGCUCGAAUACCAGACCAACCGGCACGAAUCCUCACAACCUUAUGCCAACGCCGCGCACAAAGGCGGAGAGCAAUAUUGCACAUUCGACUGGGUUCUCGACAAAUUCUGGUGGGAUUCUGUGUACGAAAAAGAUAUGUGGAAGCCUAUUCUGAGCAGUGAUGGGUACCGCGGGUUUGUGUACUUGGGCAAUGGGACGAAGUUGGAGGGCGCAAGAAUGCAGAAUAGUAACUCGUUUAUGGGCCCGUUUAGGGAUGAUGAGAUGAUUGUGCAUAGGCAUGAGAAUGAUAAGGGAAAGAGGAACAGGAUUUGGAGGUGUGUUCCUGCGAGGCGGGAGAGUCAGGUGGUUAAUAUGACAAUUCCGCUGAAGGGGGCGGAGGGUCAGCUUCAAGGAUAUUUGGGCUGCAUUGAGGGGGAUGAUCUUUGGCAUGGUGGUGAUCCAAGACUGAUGACAGGCGGUCGAGAUAGUGAUGGAGAAUUGUGA